GCUUUGAAAAUCAAUAACUAUGAUGCAGAGCCUAUGCUUCGUGCUUGUGGCGUUUUUAUUAACAACUUUACUCAGAUUGAAGGGCGUGUUUUACAGCCACCGAAGUUCAAAGUCGGCAAUGGAGAAGAUUUGUUUACUCGCAAUGGGGGGUGGAAUUUUAAUAACAAGGUGGAACGGUGGGCAGUGGUGAACUUUUCUGCACGCUGUGACAUGCGUGGUCUAAUUAUAGAUUUGAGCAGGAUUGGUGAAUCAAAAGGAAUA